UUGAAUCACUGGGCAAUUCCUCUAUAAAUACUUUGAUCUCCAUUAAUACAAAUUUAACAGAAUCUCUCUGAAUUCCAGAAGCCCUAAGUUUUCUGUCGACAACCCCUUUAAAUCAAGCAUUUCAAUGGCUACUAAUCUUCUCACCUUCCGUCCCGCCGGAAUCUACGCCGGUUCUGUUCCCGGCCAUGCAAAACAGGAUCUCGUUCGCCGUAAAAGUAGUGUUUCACCGCCUUCCUCAUCCAACUGGUGGAGCCCGCUUUUUGGAUUGUCAAACGAGCCCGAUUACUUUGGCUCCGAUGGAAAGACCGAGGUCGAAGAGAAAAGAGAAGUGGAAUCGAAAUCGGAAACAGCGCAAAAGCCGGCGAGAUCGAAGUUUUCCCGGGGAAGGUUCACGGAAGACAAGGCGAGGCAGCUCCGAAUGAUGACUACGAACACGGAGUCGUUUCACGACGCUAUGUACCAUUCAGCUAUCGCUUCUAGGCUCGCCUCCGAUUUCAAUGAUCGUUCCGAUCUAUGAUUCUCCGGCGAUUCGGGAGUAUUUUUUUCUUUUUAAAGAUUGGAAAUAUAAUAAAUAUUCUUUAUGUCAA